GGGAGAGAACUCCUCCUACUAAAUUAUCAAAAAUGGGCUGGCUUUAGUCUCUUAACAAAUUGGACUCAGCUCCGGCAGGAGCAGUCCCCAACCCAACCUACAGGCACUGCGAACUUGAGCAGCCAGGAACCGCUGAAAAUAGCACUUCAUUUUCUUUCUUUGUGUUCUAAACUAUUUUCUUUCUUCACUAGAUUUUUUGUUUUCUCCCCCCCCCCCCCGCAGUUGUUUCCCAUUAGUAACUCGAUCUCUCUCUCACAGCAGCAAAGAUUCGCCUUCUUCUUCGCCCCCUUUCCCCUCAGCCCGUGUUUGUUUUCUGCACAUCUCCUUCAGGGAGCCGCUAGAGCUUUACCACCCCCUUUUGUCUUUUCCUCCCCACACAGACCUAUUUCCAUUCCGGCUGCCUCUGUCUUCUCGCUUUCUUCCUCUUGCGCUCGGCCCCUGCGCGUCUCUGCGCUCCUCCGCCGCCCAGCCCUCUGCGGUCCCGGGGCUCUUCCACUCGGAUGAGCUGAGGGCCCCGGGCGUGUGUUUAUGGAAAUAGUGGGGUGCCGAGCAGAAGACAACUCGUGUCCUUUCCGCCCCCCAGCCAUGCUCUUCCACGGGAUCUCCGGAGGCCACAUCCAAGGCAUCAUGGAAGAGAUGGAGCGCAGAUCCAAGACCGAGGCCCGUUUGGCCAAAGGCGCCCAACUCAACGGCCGCGAUGCGGGAAUGCCCCCGCUGAGCCCGGAGAAGCCCGCUCUGUGCGCGGGAUGUGGGGGCAAGAUCUCCGACAGGUACUACUUGCUGGCCGUGGACAAGCAGUGGCAUCUGAGGUGCCUGAAGUGCUGUGAAUGUAAGCUGGCGCUCGAGUCUGAGCUCACCUGCUUCGCCAAGGACGGCAGCAUUUACUGCAAGGAGGAUUACUACAGAAGGUUCUCUGUGCAGAGAUGUGCCCGCUGCCACCUUGGCAUUUCUGCCUCCGAGAUGGUCAUGCGCGCCCGAGACUCUGUCUACCACCUGAGCUGCUUCACCUGCUCCACCUGCAACAAGACUCUGACCACGGGCGACCAUUUCGGCAUGAAGGACAGCCUGGUGUACUGCCGCGCCCACUUCGAGACCCUCUUGCAAGGAGAGUAUCCACCGCAGCUGAGCUACACGGAGCUGGCGGCCAAGAGCGGCGGCUUGGCCCUUCCUUACUUCAACGGAACCGGCACCGUGCAGAAAGGGCGGCCCCGGAAGCGGAAGAGCCCGGCGCUGGGAGUGGACAUCGUCAAUUACAACUCCGGUUGUAACGAAAAUGAAGCAGACCAUUUGGACCGGGACCAGCAGCCUUAUCCACCAUCACAAAAGACCAAGCGUAUGCGAACCUCCUUCAAGCACCAUCAGCUCCGGACCAUGAAAUCCUACUUUGCCAUCAACCACAACCCGGAUGCCAAGGACCUCAAGCAGCUUGCUCAGAAAACAGGCCUGACUAAAAGAGUUUUGCAGGUUUGGUUCCAAAACGCACGAGCCAAAUUCAGAAGGAACCUUUUGCGGCAGGAGAAUGGGGGUGUUGAUAAAGCCGAUGGCGCGUCGCUUCCGGCCCCGCCCUCAGCAGACAGCGGAGCCCUCACUCCACCCGGCACUGCGACCACUUUAACAGACCUGACCAAUCCCACUAUCACUGUAGUGACAUCUGUGACCUCUAACAUGGACAGCCACGAAUCCGGAAGCCCCUCACAAACUACCUUAACGAACCUUUUCUAACAUUGGUUUAUUUUUUUUAAUUCUUCCUCUUUAUUAUUAUUCUAAUUAUUAUUAUAUUAUUAUUUACAAGACUUUUUUUUUUUUCCUUCUAACCCGUAAAAUAUUUGGGGAAUAAAAAUAAUAGCUUGGUGUGUAGCAUCUGCAGCCACUUGGCAAAUGAGUUUACAGUAUUGUCUCCUUUAAGUAAACAUAGUUUGUCUACAAAGUGUAUUUGGAUUUUUUUUUUCUUUAAUUAGGUCUCUUAGUUGGUGACGGGAGUUUUUGAAUCAUUCUAAUAAGUGCCUCUUAAAAUUGUAUGUUACUUAUUUCCAGAAUCUCGAAGAAAAAAAAGAGUGGUAUUAUGAUGAGCAAGUAAUCAUAUUCCUGCUUAAGUGAUUAGAACAAUGAACCAGAUAAUGAGUUAUUCUUAAAAUCCUGUGAUUAUAUGUAUGAUUAUCGAAUUUUGAAAUCUUCACAUUUAAAAAAUUUUAAGACUAAAUAAAGUGUACUGAGUAUUCCUAUCUCUUAUCUGAACUGUUAAUUCAAAUGAGGAAUGUGAUUUAACAAAGAACUUAAUAAUAGUAAUUUUAAAUAGUCAUGAUUAACUAGGUGGGAAAUUUAUUCCAGAAAUGUGACUUUUCCUUCUCUUAGGGAUUAAAGUCCUCAGGUUUUUUUUUUUUUUUUUACUUAGUUAUUUCCUUUUCAACAUUUAAAAAAUUAAACUCCCUGUGUAUCCAUGAAAUUUCCAAUUAGAAUUUAUAGCUCUAUACUUUGACCUCUUAAAGCUAAAAAAGAAAACAAAAAACCACCUAACAAACAACAACAAAAUGUAAAAAGCUCUGAAACCAUUCUUUCCACCUUACUUUUUUUCUUAAGGAAAAUGGAAAUAAGCAAAAUAUAAUUUUUUAAGAAGUCAAAAAAUUUGGUAUACUUUAAUUAAUAAGUCUAUUAAUUGGCUUCAGCUGUACCAUGAUAUUGUAUCUGACAUUCUAUAUGAAUAAUUUUUUUAAAAAACAACUUAGUAAAAUGGCACCAACAAUGAUAAUUCUUUGGCUUUGUUUUCUUUUUGGCAUAUGUUGAUUUAUAUAUAAAAAUACUUUUCUGACAUUUGAGAUUUGAAAUUAGUCUUAAAAUAGAUAAACUCAGAAGCCUUGUGGAUGCUGAUCUGAAUAUAUUUCCUAGUUUACAGUAGCAUUUUUUUCCUUUUAAUUUAAGGUAAAAUCUUAAUGGUCUGGGCAGUGGUGAAUGUUCAUCUAUAUGCUUCUGUUGUAGUUAAAUACCAAUUAGAUUGUGGAUUUCCUAAAAAAAAUAAAAAUAAAAAGAAGUCAAGAUAUAUGUCUUGCUUUAGUGGAUUGUUAAGAAUAACUUUGCACAUAUUCUCCACUUUUUUGGACCCCUUAAAUCUCCUCUGAUGGUCUAGGUGGCUAUUUAAUAGAUUUUCAAGGUGUCCUCUGGCUGUAUAAAUGUGUGGUUACAUAUUGACAGUUCACUGCCCACAUUAAAGUGCAUUAUUGUAACUUUUGCUCAGGGUCUUUAGAAAAUUAGCACAGAAAGUAGCUUAUUUUUAAAAAAAAGAUGAUGGAAGAUAAGUUAACACUGUAACAGAAGAAAGGUGUGAUUGCCAUUAUAUAUUUAGCAAGUGUGGUUAUCAUCUUAUAUGGAGCUUAAAUCUUGACUUUUCAUAUUUCUAUUACAUUUUGGGCAUUUACCACUAACCAGACCAAACAACCUUGGUAAGGCUAAGAUCUUAUUAAUACACUUUUACAGGUAAAAUAUUGAUACUUAUAAAUUUUGUUCUUUGACAGAACAAUAUAUGGUACUAUAGAUCUACUUUAUUAAGUAGACUAAUUAUAACUCAGUUCUCCUAUGUGCCUUAUGAUAUAACUUGGAAGUAAGUUUGUGAAAAUCAGGAUUAUAUGUGUUGUUUGUUAAAUUAACUGUUUUAAGCCCUUUUGACACCUCACUAGUUUUGUACUGUUUUACCUCUUAUUUCUGAAACUCUUUUUAUGGUGUAUCCUGUUAGAGGGGACAAACAUGUCAUAGAAAGCAGUUGUGCACUCUUUCAAAUAUAGUUGAUAAAUUCAAUAAUCUUAUAUAUUGAGCUUCGUGUUUAUAGUACAGUAAGUGGUCUAGCAAAAUUGUCCAUGUUUCUUUGUUUAUUGAUAAAUGCAUUGUAUAGAAACUAUUUCCCCUAAAUAUUUAUGGACCAAACAAUUGUGAUAUAUCCUAUUAAA